AUGUCGCCACGAGAGACCACUACCUCCACGAGACGCCACCCCUCGCUAUCACUUCGCCCACGAGCCCGCACCGCAGUGCAGAUCACCUUUCCCAAAGACUGUACAUUCGGCGAGUGGCAAGAGACCUCCCCGGUGGAGGCAUGCCAGGAUAAUAAUGCUUCGGUGGUCGAGGAGAUGGAGCCCUUUCCGCAUGCCGUGCCCCGGCGCCGUGCGGCUAAGAGCUUCUCGAGCUUGCGCCAUCCGAUGGAUGGAUUAGUUGCGUUGGGACGCCGUCUUUCGGUCACCCUUCGCAACAAAUCUUCGAAGCAUAACCUGCGCGCUGCUGGAGAGGAGGAGGAGACCGAACGCCACUACCAGAUCGCAGGUCAUUCCCACAAGCGCAAUGCUGCGUCUGGUAACUGGGAGGUGCAAGCUCAGCCGUGGACCAACGCCUACAGCGUCAACCGACGUCCCUCCCUGAACAGCGUCUCCGCAUUACACGGUUUCUAUGCGCCCACCUCGGCCAUUCCAAUCCCUAUCCCAGGGCAUGGAUCGGAGCCGCCCAUCUUACCGAAUGAUCGAUUCUCGGGUGCGGCGGCUCGUGCUGCGGCUGCUGCGCAGAACGAACAGAUGGAGAUGGCUAGGCUCCAACUCGCCCGAUCGCUACAGGAGAAGACUUUCGAUACGAUUGUGACGCAGGAUUCAGAGAGUGGAAUCGAAAUCGAUCUACGGGACCACACUGACUCGGACACUGAGCUAGAUAUUAUGCGCAUUGAUCCGGCUUCGUACUUGCCUGCUGAAAUCAUGACACACAUUCUUUCUCACCUGGAUCCUGCUUCCUUGUUGAACUCCGAGCUUGUAUCGCAUCUUUGGAACCAGCAAUCCUCGUCUCCUUACGUUUGGAAGCCUGUGUUCCGCGGUGCCUACCCCCGUCGUCCUGCUAGUACCACAGCAACCAAGAAAAAGCAGUCCUUCGGGUUGGGAAAGAAGAUUCCUAACCAAGACUGGAAGAGAAUGUUUCUUGUCCGGCGAGCUCUCGAGCAUCGCUGGAAAGAAGGCAAAGCGGCAGCCAUUUACUUGCAUGGACACCAAGACAGUGUCUACUGUGCGCAGUUUGAUGAGGAUAAAAUUAUUACUGGGUCUCGGGAUCGCACCAUUCGUGUAUGGGAUGCUCACUAUCCUUGGCCUUGCCUCAAGGUCAUUGGUCCUCCUCCGGGUGAAGUGCCUGGAAUUGGCCAAGUGAACAAUCCAGCCCAACAGGCGACUGGAAAGUCUCCCUUUAUGACCAUUUGUCCCCCGUCCACUCCUUUGGAGAACAUUAUUUCGCCGAUGGAGCAGCCACUUGAUUACCACAGCGCCUCGAUCCUCUGUCUGCGUUUUGAUGAGGAGAUCAUGGUCACUGGGUCUUCUGACUAUACCUGCAUCGUGUGGGAUAUUAAAAAUGAUUACAAGCCGAUCCGUCGUCUUGCUGGACACCGUGCUGGUGUACUGGAUGUCUGUUUCGAUGAUCGUUACAUCGUUUCAUGCUCCAAGGAUAGCACCAUUUGCGUGUGGGACCGUAAGACCGGUGAACUACUGAAGAACCUUGUUGGUCACCGCGGGCCGGUUAAUGCUGUGCAACUGCGGGGUGAUCUCGUGGUGUCGGCCAGCGGUGAUGGCGUGGCUAAGCUGUGGAACGUCAGAUCCGGCCACUGCGUCAAGGAGUUCCCCAGCAAGGACCGCGGUCUAGCCUGUGUUGAGUUUAGCGACGAUGGUCGAACCAUCUUGACUGGUGGAAAUGAUAAGACUAUCUAUCAGUUCAAUGCCAACACAGGCGAGUUGGUCAGUGAACUCAAGGGCCACACUGGCUUGAUCCGCUCGCUACAUCUGGACAGCAUGAACAAGCGUAUCGUCAGCGGAAGUUACGAUAUGAGUGUCAAGGUGUUUGAUGCUGACUCUGGCGAAUUAUCUAUUGAUCUGCCCGGAUGGACUACCAGCUGGAUGCUGAAUGUCCAGUCUGACUACCGCCGAAUUGUGGCCACCAGUCAGGACUCCCGGGCUGUGAUCAUGGAUUUCGGCUACGGCCUCGACGGAAUUGACCUGUUAGAAGAGUGA